GAAAUCGCAUUCUACUGAUGCAUCGACGAUUAAGUAAUCGCGACGAGGUCGGACAUAAAAUAUGUUUUGUCAAGUAAUUAUACCGCCUCUGUCAAGUUUGAAUAAUCGGAAUAGUGCACAGCCCACAUUUUAUGACAUUAAAGCCGCUGCAUUUGACACAUUUUCAGUAAAUAGCAGCACUAUACAAGCGAUAAUGAAGUUUGAAAUAAUAAUACCCGACGAUAGAUCCGAGUUUUCCUACGUAGAAGUUAUUAUCUUGGAUAAAAUUCUGGUUGAAGAUCGAAAAGGAAAUAGCUGGGAACAUUGUAAUAAAAAUGUAGCAGUUGGCCCCAAAGAAGAAAGUCUAAUAUUAACAAAUGAAAGAUGUCAAUGAAACUUAUGUUCAAUUGAACAAAAAGAUUCUCACUCGAGCUAAUAAUA